AUGAGUGGGCAAGCUGCAAGUUACUACGACGGUGGUCAGAAUUUUGCAGAUUCAGGCCAAGCUGCUGGAUACGAGAAAAGAAAUGCGAAUUAUCCGACGGCCUACAAUCCGCAACAGAAUGGCGCCUACCAACCGCCGGCCAACUACGGAGGGCCAGUGACUUACGGGCAACCUGGUCCUGGAAUGAACCCUCAGCAGCCACCGUAUCCGGACAAUCCACCCCCGUACACUACCUUUGAUGAAGCUUUCAAGAUUCAGAAACCAAAGUACAAUGACAUUUGGGCAGGUCUCUUGCUUAUUGCGGUUUUUCUGGGCUACGUCGCUGUGUCUGGAUUGACCAUCCAUAAAUACGCAUCCUACAAAGGCUUCAAUGGAGGUGGCAUAUACGGUGCUCAAAAUGAUUUCUCGCUCAAUACCAACACUCUUGUCUUGUUCAUCUUUGUGCUCUGUGUUGCACUCGUCUUCUCCUGGGCGUACUUCAUGGGCGCCCGUUACUUUACAAAGACGUUCAUCUGGGCGACCGGAAUAUUGAAUAUUGUGUUUGCCUUUGCCACGGGAAUCUACUACAUUGUGCGGAAGCAAUAUGGCGGAGGAAUCGUUUUCCUCGUCUUCGGGGUCUUUGCGGUCAUUUGCUUCAUCAGUUGGAUACCCCGAAUCCCAUUCACGGCCUUUAUGCUGCAGACAACGAUGGAUGUUGCACGAAAGCAUGGCCACGUCUUUCUUGUCAGCGCCCUCGGUGGAAUUGCGACAGUGGCUUUCUCCGCCUGGUUCUCGGUGACUCUGGUCUCCAUCUACGUUGCCUACGAGCCUGACUCCACCGGCACCAAUCCUGCUUGUGCCAGUGGUGGCUGCAGCACCGCCAAAGUCAUCGGAUUGACCGUGUAUGUGACAUUUGCCAUGUAUUGGUUGAGCGAGUGGCUGAAGAACACGGUCCACACCACCAUCGCCGGCAUCUACGGUGCCUGGUACUUCUGGAGCAAAUCCGCCGGAGGGAUGCCCAAGGGUUCUACUCGAGGCGCGUUCCGUCGGGCAACAACCUACUCAUUUGGCAGUAUCAGUUUCGGAAGCUUGAUCAUUGCCAUCAUCAACAUGCUUCGUCAGGCCUGCUCGAUCGCACAGCGCCAGGAAGCCGCCCAGGGGAACAUUGUUGGAAGCAUCUUUGUCUGGAUCCUGGGGUGCUUCAUCUCUCUCCUCGACUGGCUCGUUACCUUGUUCAACCGCUACGCAUUCUGUCACAUUGCGCUCUACGGCAAAGCGUACAUUCCAGCGGCCAAGGAUACGUGGAAGAUGAUGCAGGACCGAGGAAUCGACGCCCUGGUCCAAGACUGUCUGAUCGGUCCCGUGCUGACCAUGGGCUCCGUCUUCGUGGCGUAUGUCUGUGCAUUGUUGGCCUACCUGUACCUGCAAUUCACCAAGCCUGCGUACAAUUCUGAUGGUGACUUUACCGCGGUGAUCAUGGCUUUCUCGUUUGUGAUCGGCCUACAGAUUUGUCAAGUCUUCUUGACUCCGAUUGGGAGUGGCGUUGAGACGAUCUUCGUUGCUAUGGGCUGGGAUCCGCAAGUCAUGAUCAAUGAUCACCCGGAAAUUUAUUACAAGUUGGUGCAGCUGUACCCGAAGGUGCAGCAAGCCAUCCACGCUUGA